AAGAGUAUAUAAUGGACCUCGCGGCAGGACGGCAGGAGCAGAACAAUCCACCAUCUUGCCAAGAGCCCAAAGAGAAGACCUCGCCUAAGACGCCAUGAAGACUCUGGUCAUCCUCGCUCUCUGCGCUCUGCUCUCGGUGUGCUGGUCCACAGGAGUCGUUGAGGACCAAGUUCACGCCGAGCAAGACGGGGACCACUCGGACCACACCGAUGACAACGCCGUAGCUGAGGACCUCGUCGACGUCGGAGACAACGGCGACAACAGCGACUCCUCAGCAUCCAACUCAUCCUCAGACUCAUCCUCAGACUCCUCUGAUUCAGACUCAGAUUCUGAUUCAGACUCCAACUCUGACUCCACAUCAGAUUCUUCCUCCUCCCCCUCCUCCUCCUCCUCCUCGUCAUCCUCAUCCGAGUCAGCCAAUACCGAAGGUAAACCGCCCGCACCUUUUCCUCUCAAACCGGUUGUACCAGAGACAGCAAGGACUUUGCUCCGGUCCACAGACUCCCACGUGGUCAUGAAGCGGGACCUGGCUGCGGUUUUGCUGAGGAGAAAACGCCAGACCUCAGGAGUCCUCUCCCUGUACCAGCUGGAGAGCCUGAGAGAGGUGUGCGAGCUCAACACGGGCUGCGACGAGCUGGCCGAGACCCAGGGCAUCGUGGCGGCCUACACCGCCUACUACGGACCGCCCCCCUUCUAAGCAGGCCUCUCUUUCAGUCACAAUCCAGCCGGAGGUCGCAGAUCUUUGCACAAGCCAGCCGCUUUCAGGACCUCUCCACGGACCUCCAGAGAUGUCGAAAUGAAUCUUUACUGGUGCUACCAAUGUAUCGUCACGAUUGUACCGCUGUAUUUCUUCUUCUGAGGUCAGCUCCGGGCUGUGAAGUGUGUGCCCGGGUGCCCGCGAACAAACUGCAGCGGAUGUAACCACACGUCGCCUCUGGAUUUGAAAGAAAUAAAUUAUUUUGUUUGUCCGA